AAAGCAGUGUGCGCACGCGUGCCACGACAAAAUCCCCGGCCGCUAACCACACUUCCAGCUGUCACCUUUUUUAAAAAAAAGUCCGAAAAUGGCUGUGGAAAACUCCGACAAAUUCGACUUAAACGCUGUGGAAAAGAGUUUUAAUCUGGCAAUACUCGAAGAAGACGAUGUCCACCUGGAGCACUACCUCAAAAGUUACGAAGAACUUAACAAGUUUUUCAACUUAAUGGGGACAGUCUUCGGAUUCGUGAGCAAAGAUCUAAAGUCCAAAAUGGAUACAUUGUCGGAGUUUCUCGCCAACGAGAAAACAUCGGACAACUUUCAAAGCGUGAAAAAGAUGAUGGAGUACGAGCGCGACAACCAACUCCUCCAUAAAAAGGGGUACACGUCCGGUAGCCGCACUUUACUGCGGUUGCAUCGGGGCUUAGACUUUAUUCGGCUGUUUUUGAAAAAAGUGGGCGACUUAAAAGACGAGGACAACACGGGCACUGUUUGUCGCGAAGCGUACGACAGCACGCUUGCGAAGUUCCACCCGUUUGUGAUACGAAAAGGGGCGCAAAUCGCCAUGUAUACGUUACCGACGCGAGAACAGCUGCUCAGGAAGGUUUGCGGUAAUGAAGAAGACGUGAAAGUGGCCCUGGAAAUGUUACCAAAGACUUUGGAAGCUACUGAUGCGGUGUAUGUGCGUAUAGAAGCUUUGUAUACUUUGUAUGAUCUCCACAGCUUGCCGUAAGACAACCAGAGGGUAUUUUCCAUACAUUCCUGCUUAUGUAAUGCGUAAAACGUGUGCAAUUCCAUUUUUUACCGAGGGCUAUUUAUUAAACUGUGUGUUUAAAAAUGAUAAUUAAGCGGUGUACGCAAUACGCCAAGUCAAUGACGUAACCUUUUGUGGCCUUGUUGAUAGUUUAUUUGUUAUUUAUUUCACUAGCUUUGUCGGAACGUGCGUCGUGGGCACAUUUUAGUAUUUAAGCGCAUAACAAUGAGCGUCGCAUUUGACUGCGUCACGGUCUACCGAUUUCAAUAAUUGUAAUUUAGUCGAAAUUCAAUAAAAACAAAAACAAAAAAAU